CUGCGUUCUGUGAAGCGACAGAGAGCAAGAUGGCGGGCGGAGAAGCCGGUGUGACUCUCAGGCAGCCGCAUCUUUCUCGUCAGGAUCUCUCCACUUUGGAUGUUACCAAGUUGACUCCACUUUCACAUGAAAUAAUCAGCAGACAAGCCACAAUUAAUAUAGGCACAAUUGGUCAUGUUGCUCAUGGAAAAUCUACAGUUGUAAAAGCCAUUUCUGGUGUUCACACUGUCAGGUUCAAAAAUGAACUGGAAAGGAAUAUUACCAUAAAACUUGGAUAUGCUAAUGCCAAGAUUUAUAAGCUUGAUGACUCAAGUUGUCCACGACCAGAAUGUUACAGAUCUUGUGGAAGUAGUACACCUGAUGAGUUUCCUUCAGAUAUUCCAGGGACCAAAGGAAACUUCAGACUAGUCAGACAUGUUUCCUUUGUUGACUGCCCUGGUCAUGAUAUUUUGAUGGCAACUAUGCUGAAUGGUGCAGCAGUGAUGGAUGCAGCUCUUCUUUUGAUAGCUGGUAAUGAAUCUUGUCCUCAACCUCAGACUUCUGAACACCUGGCUGCCAUUGAAAUUAUGAAGCUAAAACAUAUUUUAAUUCUGCAAAAUAAAAUUGAUUUGGUGAAAGAAAGUCAGGCUAAAGAACAGUAUGAACAGAUACUUGCGUUUGUUCAAGGAACAGUAGCUGAAGGAGCUCCUAUUAUUCCAAUUUCUGCUCAGUUAAAAUACAAUAUUGAAGUUGUUUGUGAGUAUAUAGUAAAGAAAAUACCAGUACCUGUAAGAGACUUUACCUCAGAACCCCGACUUAUUGUUAUUCGGUCUUUUGAUGUUAACAAACCUGGCUGUGAAGUUGAUGACCUUAAAGGGGGUGUAGCUGGUGGUAGUAUUUUAAAAGGAGUGUUAAAGGUGGGCCAAGAGAUAGAAGUGAGACCUGGCAUUGUUUCUAAAGACAGUGAAGGAAAGCUUAUGUGUAAACCAAUCUUUUCCAAGAUUGUAUCACUUUUUGCAGAACAUAAUGAUCUUCAGUAUGCUGCUCCAGGUGGUCUUAUUGGAGUCGGAACAAAAAUUGACCCAACAUUGUGCCGUGCAGAUAGAAUGGUGGGACAGGUCCUUGGUGCUGUUGGAGCAUUACCUGAGAUAUUCACAGAGUUAGAAAUUUCCUACUUCCUACUUAGAAGACUCCUAGGUGUACGUACAGAAGGAGACAAAAAAGCAGCAAAGGUUCAAAAGCUAUCUAAGAAUGAAGUGCUGAUGGUGAACAUAGGAUCCUUGUCUACAGGAGGCAGAGUUAGUGCAGUCAAGGCUGAUUUGGGUAAAAUUGUUCUCACCAAUCCUGUGUGUACAGAAAUAGGAGAAAAAAUCGCUCUUAGCCGACGAAUUGAGAAGCACUGGCGGGGACCCAAAUGGAGACUGAGCUGUCCAUGGACUACAUCAGAGCAGUGAUCUAAAUCCUCUCUUUGGUUGAUGCUUCAAGUUGUCUGCAGUCUCCCCCCCCCCCCCCUUGGGCCCUGGGUUUUGUUUUUUGUUUUUGUUUUUUGGCUUUGUCGGUCUUCUUGCAUGGGUCCCCCCCAACCCCCCCAACCCCCGGGUCCUUUCAUACCCUCCUUCCAUAAGAUUCCCUGUGCUUGGGUCUGGAGAGAUGGCUCAGAGCUUAAGAGCACUGGCUGCUCUACCAGAAAUCCUGAGUUCAGUUCCCAGCCACCACAUGGUAGCUCACAACUGUCUACAAUGAGAUCAGUCACCGUCUUGUGGCAUGCAGGUAUACAUGCAGACAGAACAUUGGAUACAUAAUAAAUAAAUGUAUCUUUUUAAAUUUUUUUAAAAUUUUUAUUAUUAGUUACAUUUUAUUAACUCUGUAUAAAUAAUAUACAGAUUAUUUUUUUCUCAUUCCCUACCAAUCCUACCCUCCCUCCCUCAUCUCCUCCCUGCCCCUUUCCAAGUCCACUGAUUGGGGAGUACCACUUAAAAAGACUCCCAGUGCUCUGUCCAAAGUUUGAUUGUUGAGUCUGUGCAUCUGCUUUGAUCCCUUGCUGGUUGAAGUCUUUUAGACGACAUCCUAUGGUAGGCUCCAGUCAGCUAUUAAAAACAAGGAAUUCAUGAAAUGUGUGCAAAUGGAUGGAACUAAAAAAGAUUAUCCUGAGUGAGGUAACCCAGAAACAGAGAGAUAUACAUGGUAUAUACUCACUUAUAAGUGGAUAUUUUCCAUUUAAUAUAGGAUAAACAUACUAAAAUCUACAGACCUAAAGAAGCUAAACAACAAGGAAGACCCUAGGGAAGAUGCUUAAUCCUCAUUCAGGAAGGAAAACAGGACAGACACCAGAAGUAGUAGAAGAGAGGAAACUCCAUUUCUUAAAAAAAACCAACUACACUUUAAAUUACUUAGGUUAGCAUAAAAUUAAUGGUUUAUUAAUGUCUGUUUUUGAUGUGUUCAUAAACCUUGCAUACUAAGGUCCCGGCUUUACUACUACUACAAACAAAAACAGCCAAACAUUAAAAAGAAAUUAAGAUUUCUAAUUGAUCUUCACUGAUUUCAAUAUUCUAGAUUAGUUUUUCUUUUAAGGGAUCUUUUUUUUAAAUUUUCCUUUUUUUUUUUUUACUGUAAAGGUGGUUUUUAUUUUGUUUUUAGUACUUAAUUAGUACAUGUGUAGAGGAAAGACAGCAUACACCAAAGAAAGAUUGGUGUUAAUCCUUUGUAUGUAUUUAUCUUUCAGGUCAGUAUUUUUAUGGAACCUCCUAAGUGUGAGAAUAAAUGGGUCUUUGUCUUGUGCCUUCUCUUUGGGCUCUUUUUCAUGUGUUGCUUUACCUUGUCCAACUUCAAUGUAGUAGUUUUGUUUUCAUCUAUAUUUUAUUUUGUUAUUGUUGUUACCUUUUAAAAGCCUGUUGCUACUGCAAGUUGGUUGACAUUCACUAUACAACUCUAUAUGUAGGGAUGGGUUUCUCUUGGAAAAAGUAAAUACCUUGACAUUUUCUACAGUUUUGACAAUGGGUUUUUUUUUGUUUGUUUGUUUUGUUUUGUUUUUUGUUUUCUAAUUUCUUUUAGUUGAGCAUUAUUUUGAUUUAGUUAUAACAGGUCUUUUUGGCCAAGAUUUUUACUAAACAACUUUAGUCAGUAUAGUUUUGUUUAUUUGGUAUUUACAUAGGGGCAACAAAGUUCUCCUUAAGCCUUUGUAUUUUUCAUAUUGUUGAUUUUCUCUUUUAACAGUCUUGCAAGUAUAAUUUGAAAACUAUUUAACUUUUGGCUAAAUGACAAGCCCAGCAUCAAAAAAGAGCAAAAAUUUUAAAACAAAGUAGUGAUUCCCAUAAUAUUAAGAAAUUUAUCCCAUGAGUAUUAUCAUCAACAUAGAAAAACAUUGAAAGGUGGGAGGGAGUGGGGUGGACAAAAAAGCCAGUUUCUUUGAGGGCUGUGGAAUUUACUUAUUUUUAUUUAAAACCAUUAUGUGUCUGUUGAGGUGGAAACAAAUUUUGUAAAUCACUUACAGGUUUUUUUAGUAGAAAAAAAAAGAAAGUUAUUUUUUUCAAUAGAAAAGAAUAGUUUUGUUUGUUGUUUUGUUUUUCUACUGUCUAGUCUUUAAUUCUGGUACUGGGGAGGCAUUGGCAGUAGGAUCUCCAUAAGUUCAAGGCCAGCCUGGUUAAUGAGUUCUAAGAAAUCCAGGCAGGACUACGUAGAGAUACUCUGCCUUAAAAUUAAAAAAAAAAAAAAAAAAGAAAGAAAAGAAAACAAAAAAGGAAAAAGGACCAGAAAAGACAUGUUUUCUUUUACUAGCAUGCAUCUCCGAGAGAAUUUAUAUUACCCUUACUAUUUUGUAUGGCUAGGCAUAUUAUUCUGAAGGAAUAUUGACAUAUGAACUUCAGAAUUGUAAAUUGUACUGCCUCAUUAUCUCUGUGUCUAUGUCACUCUCUCCCUCUCUUUCUUUGUUGUUGCUGGAGAGAUGAACUGAGGCUAUAUAAGUACUCUGUUACUCAACAGUAUUAGCUAUCCUCUUUUAUUUAAAAGGGGUGGGGGGACGGGAUAGUCACAGAGUUGGAUCAGUAGUUAAGAGCACAUGCUACUCUUCUAGAAGACCCAGAUUCCAUCUCCAGAACUGGCUCAUAAAUAUCUGUAACUGUAGUUUCAGGGGGGCCAGCACUUUCUUCUGAUCUCUACAGGGUCUACUCAAACAUGGUAGACAGGCAGGCAGGCAGGCAAGUAAAACAUACUUACACAUAAGUAGAAGUAAGUAAAUUGUUCAUGUUGUCUGGACCGCUGUAAAGCUAAUCUAAGGAAAUAAUUUUUUUUUUUUUAAAUAGAGAAUCAAAUGCAUGAGAUCUGAAUUUAGAAUUAGGUAAAGUAAGUAAAACUGUUAUAAAGUGAUUGAGUGAUAGUUGAUAAAAUAGAUUUAAAUACAUGAUUUUUUUUUCCUAUUUUAA